AAUCCUCAAGAAUUCAAUGCAUACCGCCAUAAUUUUCCUGCUACAAAAAUAGAUCGUAAUAACUUGGUAUUUGGAUUUGGAAAAUCGACCUCUGAACAUGAAAAUGCGAAACACAAGCAGCAUUUUGGAUCUCUUCUUGGGACGCUAAGACCUGGUAAAGCUGGUGUUGUGUUUGAGAGUAGGGUUUAA